AUGUGCUCUUUCUCUCCCGGUUCUUUCGUCCAGAAAUCUUCCGGUAGACCCUCUCGUCCCAACAGCGGCUUCCUCCCCAUCGCGCCGCGUCCCUCCAUCGAGUCUCCAUCGGCUGCCGCCCGGCAAGCAGCCAUACCAACGACCCUCCCACCAGGCCACCCGGGCACCGGCGCCGUCCCCGCACACCGCCCUUCUCCGCCGCCCCGUUCUAUGGACACCCAGAUGGCGAGCCAGAGUCCCCCGUCUGCAUCCGGAUACGCACACGCUCACGGACACCACCGGCAUCACCAUCCAGGCGCGCGAUCCACAGCCCCAGCAGUCCCAGGCACUGGCAUCGGCAUCGGCAUCACGACCGCGCCACCUCCCCCCUCGCACUUCCCGCUGAGCCGCGGCUCGUUCGCGACCCCCGCCCUCGCGUCCGUGGCGGACAUCCCCGUCUCGAUGUCGAUGAUGGACGGCCAGGCGUUCCUGUUCGGGGAUGGCGGCUACGCGGACGGCGGGGUCUUCUGCUCGCUGGAUGAUCUGGACGUGGACGUGGAUGUGGGCGCGGGUGCGCUGCAGGGGGGGAUGAUGCAGCCCGAAUGGGGGGAUCAGUUCUGGCUGGGGGAUGAUUCUGUCUGA